AAGUGUGGAGUCUCUCCAUGAAAUCUCCAUAGUAAAGAAGCAGGGAAAGGAAAAGGUUUAAUUCAGGGGCUCAGCAAGUAUUUUAAGAAGAACAACAACCAGCUUUAAUCCUACAUUUCUGCUCAGCAAGCAGCAAAGGAAACAUUUCAAGUAUUUUUACUUCCCUGAGAAGGCAUACAACUCAACAGAGAUGACGCCAUCUCUCAUCCAGGCCUACAGGAGGCGCUGGUGGAUGGCAGUGACGGCAGUGAUUGAAAACUUGCUGUGUUCAGCGGUGCUCCUGGGCUGGGGCUCCCUACUCAUUAUGCUGAAAAGGGAAGGCUUCUACUCCCACCUGUGCUCAGUGAACGAGUCUGUGGCCGUGUCUUUGGGUAACUCAACCAGCGGGGAGGUGGAGGAGUGGCUCAGUUGUGUGGACCAGGAGGAGAUGUUGAAUCUGGGCUUCACCAUUGGUUCCUUCUUGCUAAGUGCCACCACCCUUCCACUUGGUAUCCUGAUGGACAAGUUUGGGCCACGUCCAAUCCGCCUGAUGGGCAGCUCUUGUUUCGCCCUGUCUUGUGCUAUGAUGGCCGUGUCUGCACAUGACCCACAUGUUCUGUCAGCGCUCAUUUUCUUGGCUCUGUCCCUGAAUGGCUUUGGUGGAAUCUGCCUGACCUUCACCUCUCUUACGCUCCCAAACAUGUUUGGUUCUCUGAGCUCCACUGUCAUGUCUCUGAUGAUCGGCUCCUAUGCCUCCUCUGCUGUAACUUUCCCUGGAGUCAAGCUGAUCUAUGAUGCAGGCGUCUCCUUCCAGGUGAUCAUGUGGAUGUGGGCAGGUCUUGCUGGGUUUGUUUUUUGUAAUUGCUUCCUCAACUGGCCUGCUGAAGGAUUCCCAACACCUGACGAGGUCGACUACAGUAAGAUCCUCACAGUGCAAGAGCUGCCAUCUCCAGACCAGAACGGUGUUGCAGAGAGACUGAGCGAGAAAAAUGGAGACGUCCGACACUCCUUAGAGAAACUUCCUAAUGGAACUGACGCUGCACACAAUGCUGUUCCCUUUCGGCGGUCUGUUUUCUCUCCCAUCUUCCUGUGGAGUCUGGUUACCAUGGGGAUGUCCCAGCUAAGGAUCAUCUUCUUCAUGGGAGCCAUGAACAAGAUGCUCGAGUUCAUGGUCACACAUGGUGAAGUGCAUCCGACUGAACAGCUGGUGAUUGAGGCAGAGGAGAAAGUGAGUUUCUACUCAUCCAUCUUCGGCACGCUGCAGCUGCUGUGUUUGGCUACGUGUCCUCUGAUUGGUUACAUCAUGGACUGGAGAAUGAAGGAAUGUGCAGAUGAGAAGACUGUUGGCUCAAUCACAGAGAAGGGACAGACCAGUGAACCCAUGAGAGACCGCAAGAUCCAGAAAUUGACCAACGCCAUGAGAGCCUUCAUCCUCACCAAUCUGCUGCUGCUUGCUUUUGGAAGCUGCUGUCUCGUAGACAAUCUGCCCCUACAGGUCUUGACCUUCGUCCUGCACACUAUGGUCCGAGGUUUCAUCCACUCCUGCUGCGGAGGCCUUUACGCCGCUGUCUACCCAUCCAACCACUUCGGCACCCUGACAGGCCUCCAGUCCAUGAUCAGCGCUGUGAUUGCUCUGCUCCAGCAGCCACUCUUCAUUGCCAUGGUCGGACCCCUGCAGGGAGACCCCUACUGGAUCAACCUCGGCCUGCUGAUCUUCUCAUUGGCUGGCUUCCUGUUGCCAGGUUACCUGUUCUACCAUCGUGGGCACCUGAUAAGGGAAAAGGAGGCCAGAGACAAGCGAGCUGCUGAACAGGAGAUGCAGGCGCUCAGACACACCGAGACCAACGGCUACAAAUCACACAGCAAUGGCCUCUCCGCUGUGGAGGCUUAAAGCGACACAGCAGAGUCUUGAAUUUGUAGAGCUGAAGGAGCAAUCUUUAUGUGCCUUCAAAAUGAGCACCAACAGUCUCCUCAGUCACGAAUAUUUAGUUUUAAUAUUUCUGCUUUGGUCAUUGCUGGUCCACAUUUUGCUCUCCCAACAAUCCAAAUAACAGUAUAUAGGAAUCCCUGUGUUUGUAUUGAGUCAGAUGUAGACUUCAAGUUCCUCUAAAAAUGGAAAAACAGUGUCAUCAUCAUUGUUGCUGUAUAUUUAUUUUGGCCUAGAUCAAAAAGCCAAAUUAGUGUGAUUUUAAGCCAUAGAUUUCAUUCACACGCACAUGAAAGGCAUAUGCACACAUCCUGGUUUGGCUUGUGUGUCAGACCUGGGGUUUUAGUACUUGAAAAACUGUUUAAUAGUUUUUUAAAGACUUCUGAUAAUCAUGACAAUCCUCGCUAACACCAAAGAACAGCUGAAAUAUAUCAGGAAAGUUACACUUUCUACUCAAGUAAGCAAACUUGGAGUAUAUUGUGCUGUUUCUACUGUAAGCUACGGAAGCCAAGAACAGCCACUAAUGCUAUUUUUUUUAAUGUUGUGGCAAAAUCAUCAGAUAUUGAGUUGUUGGUAGAUUUGAGAAAAAUACCUCUUGUUUUAUCAAGCCAGAAUAUCUGUUAUCACAAGUGAACUAAAAGCUAUUUUCGCAAACUAAACAGUCUUUUUCUAGUUUUCCAAAAAUAUCCUCUGAUCUUGAGGAAGAAAAAGGAAUUUUCUGGAGAUAAUAUGUGUAUCGAAGAUGUUCUGUUUUGAAAUUACUCAAAUUCAUUUUGGUCUGAAGAUGGCAAGCUCUUGGCUUCCGUAGUUAUCCAUUUUGCUUAAGAUAUCUAUAAAACACUGUUUAAAGAAUAGAAGCUAUCAGACAAUGCAUAUACAUAUCGAAAUACCAAACUUCUGGUACGAUUAAAGAAGCUUUUGGGACACUUUCAGAAUAUGAAUAAUCAAAGACACUCGUGUACACGCACAGUUAGGCUGGUUGUAGAGACACCACAUCUACCUCCACUGUUUCCUUUUUUGUACCUUCUCUCUACAACCGACUCUCAAUUCUGUCCAUCAUCUUUAAUUUUAGUAAAUAAUACCCCCCCCCCAGCCCCACCAAAAAAACAUUAUAUCACUUCAGAAUUUAUCCCUGUGCAUUCAUGUUCCUCGGCCCUUGCAUUUCUAAUUGUUUUUCAUGGAAAUUAAACAAGGAAAUAUAGGACUGAUUUUGAAAGUUCUAACACACAGUGUGUGUGUGUGUGUGUGUGUGUCGAUGAAAUGAAACACUUUUUACUGCUUUAUGCACAGAAAUGAACUAGUGUGUGUAUAAAAAAUGUAUUUAAGUGUAUUUUUAUACUCUAGCUGCAGUAGUAUUAAAAAGGGAAGCAUUUGUUUCUGUUAUUUUGUAGUGUGCUUAUUAUAUAUGAAGCUAUGAUGAUUUUUCUGUUUAUUCUACUUUUUCUUAUCAUGUUCUGAUGGAGCAAAGAGACCUCCAUUGUUUUUUUGUAAAUAGAACCGAGGUGUGUCUUUAUUUUAUUACAUAUUCAGCUUGCUUGACUAUAUAUGGGUGUGUACGGUAUAUUAAAAUAUAUAUACUGAUAGAUGUGGUUAAACUUGCUGUUGCUGUGGUUUUUCUGCUUAAACAUCCAAAUCACAAAGAAACAUUUCAGACAGCUGUAGACCCAAACCGAAAAAUGUACUUUCAUCCAAAGUUACAACAAAAUCUUUUUUUACACAUUUGUUCUGCACACAACAGUAUCCUGUAGAUGUAUGAAAUCAGUUGUAAUGUAUAAUCUUUUACUUUUUUGACUAAGUAUUUGUCAUCGAGACUGUCUUUUCUGUCUUUCUGGAAGUAUUUCUUUGCUGCGUUGUAGUUCAUCAUAUAUAAAAUGUCUUCAACUUCUUAAUUCUUCGCUCACUCAUUUUGAAGGAGACCAUUUGAGUUGAAGUCUGUGCCUUUGCUGCCAUCUUGGCUUCAUUGCAAUAGAUAUUAAUGUGAAAUUAAUGCUUCUGCCAAACGUCUUUCUCUGUAUACCAAAGCCAUGUGUAGAGACUGGGAGCGAGUCGAUACUGCGGCACUUUUCCUCAGGAAAACAAACAGAAGAAAAAUAACAGAAAUGCCUUCUUUCACAGUGCAGUUUGGUUUUUGUUGAUUGUCAAAGGUGUCGAUUCAGUUUGGUGGUGACUUUUUUUUGUCUGUUCUUUGUGUUGUUUAGUAUGCGUACUAUAAAGUGCAAUUCAAUAUG